AUGCAUUUCGAGCUUGUGGGGAGUUCUUAUCCUUCCUCUUCCUUGAACUCUGUUACAACUCUCAAACCAAAGAUGACCGCUUUUUCCUUUACAGCUCUGUCGCCGUGCCCUUACACGCCAUUCCGCCGCCCGGGUCUUCCCAAUCCCUCGGUUUCUUGCUGUAUUGGUUCCCCGAUGAAGAUAGGCAGCCGUGUGUCCAAGGCACCACGCAAAAGAUCGAGAAGAACAGAAGGGGCAGGGAAAAGUAUGGAAGACUCAGUUCAACGCAAAAUGGAACAGUUCUACGAAGGAUCUAAUGGUCCACCACUACGUAUUGUUCCGGUUGGUGGACUGGGUGAGAUUGGAAUGAAUUGCAUGCUAGUUGGGAAUUACGAUCGAUAUAUUCUAAUUGACGCUGGUGUUAUGUUCCCUGACCACGAUGAGCUCGGAGUUCAAAAGAUUUUACCGGACACCACAUUUAUCAAAAAAUGGAGCCACAAAAUUGAAGCAGUUGUUAUAACACAUGGGCAUGAAGAUCACAUCGGAGCAUUGCCAUGGCUGGUGAUACCUGCUUUGGAUUCUCAUACCCCGAUAUAUGCAUCGUCCUUUACAAUGGAGCUUAUAAAAAAGCGUCUGAAGGAGCACGGAAUCUUUCUUCCAUCUAGACUAAAAGGGACUGGAAGAUUGAUGAUGGGAAACCGUUUGAUCGUGAAGCUCUCGAAGGAAGGAGUGACAUUGAUGAUGAGCGAUUCAACAAAUUAA